UUUCAGAUCUACAUGUUAAUGAUGGACUAAACUGUACUGGGAUAUCACGGUGACAAGAAAGGAUACUUUAACAAACAACUCAUGAAUGAAUAUACGGUAUUGCCGAAUCGAUGGUUCUCCCCGAUGUGAGUAACCGCCUCCAUGUUGGUUUCACUCGACCAUAUAAUGGGCUGUGGCAGGAGUAAAUGUGACUCCCAAAACAGCAUUGACGAUGUCAAGGACCACAAACUCAUAAAGCCGAAGUCUAUCGGCGGCGGCGGUGGUGGGAAGGCAGAGAAAAACAAUAAAAUCAGUGACUGGAAGGAAAAUGAAGACCCGGUCAGGACAGCAAACACUAAAGUCAGCAGUGGCAGUCAGCAGGAGAAAUCAUCGAGAAAACAAGAAGAAAAGCUGACAGCGUCGCCGCUCAGCAGCAGACCCAGCAACGUGAACGGGAACCUGCCAAACCAAAAAACACAGGACGCGGACAACACGAAGCCCACGGAGAAGAAGAAGACACCUACAGUGGCGGAUGGGAAGUUGCUGACAGUUUCCAAAGACAAAGACAAGACACAGACAUUAACAAAUCAAACAGUGCUAAUGACCAGCAGCCAAGUUGAGUUUUUCCGACUGUUGGAUGAGAAAAUAGAAAGUGGUCGAGAUUAUUUAUCCCAUUCAGAAUCUGAAGACUAGUGGAUACGAAUAUUGACUCUAUAAAGAAAGAGAUAUUAAGACUAUUGUAAUGUAAAAACUUCAUCCACCGUCUCCUAUGUUCUUACAUUGGAGAUGGAUGAAUUCGAACAUGUGUGUUUAUAUUACACCAAAGCUGCAUGCUUUAUCAUACUUCAUUCUUCAGGGAUCUCAUUGUAGCAGUUGGCAAAACAGAUGUCAACUGUUCAUACGUGUACAGGUAAAACUAAAAUGCAAUGUGACAGAUAGUCAAUAGUGAUUAUGCCCGACUGAUUUUUAUUUAUUUAAUUUUUCACGUUUUAAUCACCUUUCUUUUGUAAAGCAAUUUUGGUAUGGAUAUUUGAGUUUUAUAGUUACCCUCUUGGAAGAUGUCAUCUUGACCUGCCUUAAACACUCAUGUACAGAAAUGUUAAGGAUCUGUCUUAAAACACUCAUGUACAGAAAUCUCAAAACACUCAUAUACAGAAAUCUCAAAACACUCAUGUACAGAAAUCUUAAGGAUCUGUCUUCCUCUUUUAUAAAGUGCUGACCUUGUAUCAAUUCUCUGUGACUUUGUUUUAGCACACACUGAUCACAUGUUUAUGCUAAAACAAACUGGAGAUGCUGGCAUGUAUGCAUGGGAAGGUUUUGGGAGUCAAACCUCCCCACCCCCAACUCUAGUGAAUUUUCUCUUUUUCACAGUGUAUUUUCCGGGGAGCAUGACUCGCCCACCCACCUAGAAACAUUGCUCACCAGAGCCUAGACACCCUCCCAUAUAAAUUCCUGCCAUGCCUGAGAUGGUAUUGAUAAUAUCUGCAACAUGCUGAAUUUUGACCAAUACAGCUGGAUGGUAUUGAUAAUAUCUGCAACAUACUGAAUUUUGACCAAUACAGCUGGAUGGUAUUGAUCAUAUAUCUGCAACAUGCUGAAUUUUGACCAAUACAGCUGGAUGGUAUUGAUAAUAUCUGCAACAUGCUGAAUUUUGACCAAUACAGCUGGAUGGUAUUGAUAAUAUUUUCAACAUACUGAAUUUUGACCAAUACAGCUGGUUUUAUGUUUUUUUAGUUCAACUGGCAAGAUGUUAAAUUAAAACAUUAUGAAGACUAGAAAAUAAUUUAAAUAUUAGACAGUCUUACUGUUUCAACUUGGUUUUCCUGCUUAUAUCCAAUCGAGGCACAAUCCUGCUGUCUUUGACACACACACCCAUGCACCACCCUCCCCACACACACACCCCCCCCCCCCCCCCAGUCCCCUGCUAUCUAGGCUCUGUCCAGUAGUUGUACUAACCCUGCACAGUGUGCUCACUGUAUAGUGCAGGAGGUAAUUAACAGAGGUCUACACAUUGAGUAUUCCACCAACUGGCAAACGUGUAUGCUCAAUGUAUAGUCCAGGAGUUAAUAGAGGUCUACAAAUUGAGUAUUCCGCCUACUGGCAAAUAGGUAUGUUCAUUGUAUAGUCCAGAAGUUAACAGAGGUCUACAAAUUGAGUAUUCCACCUAUUGGCAAAGGUGUGGGAUUUAGAGGACGUACUACUAUCAGAGCUAUUGACUUGUAUGGUAGUAGAAGUGUUAAGUUGAGCAAUAGGUAGCAGGAUAGCUGACAUAAAGUUGAAACAUAUGACCAGAUAGAUGCCCACCCCCCAUCUUUUGGUAGGAAUAUGGUGUGUGCAAUAAAUAUGAUUGCACCCAUUCAUGGGAAGCUUUUACAAAAACUCUUAUUUCAAAAUAGAUUCACUUUUUUAUACUAAAGGUCUGUGUUUUGUGUUACCUGUCUAUAUGUUUGGUUUUACAGUUCAGUACAAUAGAGUAUAAUAUGACAAUUCAAUACAAUAGAGUAUAAUAUGACAGUUCAGUACAAUAGAGUAUAAUAUGACAGUUCAGUACAAUAGAGUAUAAUAUGACAGUUCAGUACAAUAGAGUAUAAUAUGACAGUUCAGUACAAUAGAGUAUAAUAUGACAGUUCAGUACAAUAGAGUAUAAUAUGACAGUUCAGUACAAUAGAGUAUAAUAUGACAGUUCAGUACAAUAGAGUAUAAUAUGACAGUUCAGUACAAUAGAGUAUAAUAUUACAGUUCAGUACAAUAGAGUAUAAUAUUACAGUUCAGUACAAUAGAGUAUAAUAUGACAGUUCAGUACAAUAGAGUAUAAUAUUACAGUUCAGUACAAUAGAGUAUAAUAUGACAGUUCAGUACAAUAGAGUAUAAUAUUACAGUUCAGUACAAUAGAGUAUAAUAUUACCAACAUGGAAUUCCAUGGAAUAUACAGUGUACAUGUAUUACACAUUUGUUAUGUUUUAUCAUAGCACAUUUAAUCUGAAAGUGCAAUAGUAACAUCUUCUGUUUAAAUUUCAUUUCAUUUCAUAAUUGUGUUUUCUUUUCUUGAUCAGACUGAAAUAAUUUUUCCUACUAAGUGACUGGCCAUUAGAUACCAUUUGUCUUACGACUGAAAGUGAGCUGGGUUUGUUGUUUAAACAAUGAGCUGUAAGAUAAAUGUUAAGAUAAAUGUUAAACCUACAUGUUGUAUGGUGUGGCUGUGGCAUAUGUGUCAUCACCAUGGAAACUGAUAUCAAAUAUGCAUGGAAGAUCGCUGUGUGAUUCCAGAAAUCCCACACAGUCUUCUCUCCAUGGGGCAUGUAAGAAAUGGCAUCUUCAUAUAAGCAAUACAAGUCUGUUUAGUUUACAGAAAAAUUUGAACUCGAGAUUCUUGGCAACUGACGUGUGCAUUGCAGUAAUAGCACACAUCAUGUUUCUAGUAACUUAGGAGGUGUGUAAAACAUGUUUAUUUGAUAGUAUUUGUCAGUUCAGUGAAUCAGAAAAUGAAUAAGAAUCCAAAUGGGCAUCAUCCUGUAACAUAACUUGCACAUUAAAGCAUUAAUAUCAAAUUCCUGAAUUCUGUAUCAGGCAAUGAAUUGGGGGAUCCAUUUUUAGGAUUGCGCAGGAAUCACAAAUAUGAUGUAAUGUACAAUAGAUGUUUUGGAACUUCGUCUCAUACUCCUACACUUCCGAACCAAAAUUUUGGGAUUCGUGGAAGCAUGAAAUCCUGCUAAACUUACAAGCUGUAUAUUUAAGAAUAAAUCACUAUUGUUGGUGUCCAUGACAUCACAGAUGUUACCUGAAUUUUUUUGUACUACAUUUGUGUCCACCUGGAAGUCCAAUUUGACUUUCUCAGAUAAACUACAACCGUUGGUGCAGCCUGUUAUGCAGAUUAUUGUAUAGCAGUACUGGUGUUAUAAGAGUCCAAUUUGACUUUCUUGGAUAAACUACAACAACCACUGGUGCAGCCUGUUAUACAGAUUACUUGUAACACUUCCCCAUAAAUCAUCUAAUCAUUCAGUAUUCAAUCUGCCAUGUAUGAGAAAAUGUCCAUUACCCCUUGACUUGCAAUAAUAUAUAGAAGUAUAUAAUCAUAAACAUCGUCAUUCCUUACUGUAUUUAGAGAAAUAUCGCAAUAUUGGUUCCUGAACUUUUACACGUUUUACUACAUCUUUUGUAAUUGUAGUAGCAAUAUGAUAACAGAUGACAGCAAAAUUACUACUCAAAGUUCACCUAUUAAAUAUAUAUUUAAAAAUAACUAAACGAUCUAUACGCUUUUAGAAUUUGGACUGUACCAGUUUUAUAGUUCCUUAUGAUCUCACCUGUUGAAUUGUAUAGUUGUUUGUUUAUUUAUUUAUUAACUUGUAUAUUUAUUUAUCAUUGCUAUUAAUCUGAGAUAGAUGUACAUGUGUAAUAGGGAAAUACCAGAUUUUAUGGAUGAACUUCCGAUGAAGAUAUUGCACGAACAAGGCUAUCAACUGCCAUCUAAAUGAAUUCACUUCACCAACAUACAUUGUGUAGGUACAAGCGGUUUCGCUGGGUUCCUCUCAAGGACAAGGUUUUAAACCUUUGUCUUGUAUUGACGCUUUGUUAUCAAGGCGUGACAUGAAGGCACAUCUGUUUCUGUGAACUUUGCAUUGAUAAUUAUGGUUAUAUUUUAAUUUAGAUUUUUAGAUGUUUAACAAUCAGUAUGUAGUUUAUUAUUUGAACCACUGGUGGGACCGGAUUUGGUGGGGACAGCAAAACUAUGCUUAUAGGACAAAAUUCACAAAAAUAUUGUAGACUAACUCAGGGCUAUAUAUAUUAGUAUGAGCAGAACAUUUUAUCAAAUUAUCUAUUAAAUUUCAAUUCCCCCAUUAUUUUCUAACACAAUAUCAAUUAUCACAUGAAAUUAUGUGGCGAAAAAAAUAAAUAUAUAUAUAUAUAUUUUUAAUAUCCUCAUUUGGCAAAUGUGUCGAGUGCCAGAGCCAGAGCUAGCCCUGUAACCAACUUGUAACAUUAUUUACAUUAUUUACAUUAUUUACAUUAUUUGAUUUUUAAAAUGUAUCAAUCUAUGUCCCAGGCCAAAAUGUUACCAUGCUGACUAGGAUUUAAAAACAUGUUGAAAUAAAUAGAGAUUAUUACACGAGCUUGUGUGUCGCACUGAUUUUAUGAAACUCGUGUCAGGAUUCUUGUACUGCCCGAGCGACAGCGAGUGUAAUAAUUUCUUUAUUAUCCAAUUUAUCCAUAAUAUUAUUUUCAUGAAUAACAAGCUAGGACCAUGUCAAACUGUUUCAAAACUAACUAGAAAGAGACGAGAAAAUGAUGUCAUAAGCGAUUACACAAAGCUAAGACUGGGGAAUCUACAUUAAGUUAUGAUGUCGCUUCCUAAAAUUACGUCAUUUGUUGUGCAUAUGAAAUCAUUGUGACACACGUGUGUCAUACUGGUUAUAUUUCCCUGUAUAUCUUGAACUAUGUGGAUAAUAAUACCUGUAAUGAUAAGAAAACUGAAUGUUUAGGUGGGUAAUUUGGGGUUGUUGGGGUUUUGUUUUUUUGGGCGGGGGGGAGUUUUGAAGUUCUACAUUGUAUAGUGCAUUUAGCCGGAAAUUGUGCUCUAUAACAGGACAUGUUGAUUGCACAAAUUGAAAUAUUUGUUAUGCUGUAUUUUUGACACAAGUGUGUCCCUGUGAUAUGUAUUGUUGUGAACAGAGUAAUAUAUAGCAUAUGUGUGGUAUCAUGUUUAUUGGAUUGUCAUCAGAGGGUAAUAUAUAACAUAUGUAUGGUAUCAUGUUUAUUGGAUUGUCAUCAGAGAGUAAUAUAUAACAUAUGUAUGGUAUCAUGUUUAUUGGUUUGUCAUCAGAGGGUAAUAUAUAGCACAUAUAUAUAUGUAUUAUCAUUUUUCUUUAUUCGAUUGUCGUCAGAUUUUCAGAUUUGUUUUCAAUUCAUAGACUGUCAGUCUCAAAGACGACAGCUAAGAGUGUUACAUGCAAUAUUAAUUUUAUUCACUUUUUGUCAGUUGGGCACUGGGUUAUUCUUCACCUCAUUAUAAUUCAUCAGCUAUGCUAAUUAUGCAUUUUUGUAAUAAUCCAACCAUUUACCAUUUUAUAUUAAGACAUUUAUUACAUUAUUUUUUGUAAGACCUAAUAAGAAAUUGUGUGUUUUCGGGAACCUGACCCUACCUAGAAAAAAAGGACGACCCUAUUGGUUUUUAUUUCAAUUUUUUUAUUAUUAAUAUACAGAUAAAAAGAGUACAUUUGUAACAUUUUAUUAUUAAUAUACAGAUAAAAAGAGUACAUUUGUAACAUUUUAUUAUUAAUAUACAGAUGAA